AUGACACCGCGUCCCCUUUUCUUAGACAGCAUCGAUGGUGUGGAGCAACAUGUUACCAUUCCCGACUGGAACCAGCCUGGGAAGAUGCGGACAGUCCCCAUCAAGCUUUUCAACAACGCGUACCUCAAAUAUGAGAGCGUCAACGGCCUACCAUUUGCAUCCUGGCCACAGUUCUCCUCUCUACCCACAGAGUUACGCAUCAAGAUAUGGCGUUCAACCCUCGAACGGUACCGCAUGAUUGAUUUGGUAAUAUAUCCAGCCAUCCAGGAGCCAGAGGAUUUCGACGCAGCCUCAGACACACGCUCUUAUACAAAGCGAAAUGAACUAGGUCGUAUCAUCAGCGGUGACGGCUAUUGGUUGCGCCUAGGUUAUGGUCAACACCCUACGGUGCCCAGUCCUCUUUUUGCCGUCAAUCACGAAGCUCGGGAGGUGGCACUUUCGUUUUACCGUGUGCGCCUUCCACUUCCUCACCCAGACGGGGUUGACAUCCUGUACUUAAACCCCGACUACGAUAUAAUUUACUUGCAACAAGACUGGUCAGGGCCUCCUUUGUCUAAAACCCAGCAUUACCGGCUAUUCGUUGCCUUUCUACACGAUGUCAAGGCUUAUGAUCCUCUGGAUCAGGGCAUUGCCCAUCUUGCUCUCAAAGAACACCAUUGGCACUUCUUUCCUGGUUAUCAUUUUGAAAAAGACCCAGCGACUGAUCAGGAACGCUGCCCGCUCAAGUCCACUCGUGCCAUCCUUGACGCCAUCCACUCGGGCGAGCUGGCCAAGGUCGAGCACGAGACCUAUGACUUCUUCAACCUCCAGGUGCCCAAGACUUGGCCUGGUGUGCCCUUGGAACUACUCAACCCCAAGAAUGCCUGGACUACUGGUGCCCAGAGCUUCGAGACUGAGGUCUGGAAGCUCGGCAAGCUGUUCCUGGAGAACUUCAAAAAAUUAUGA